AUGCUGGAGGGUGAUGCCCACGAGUGGUGGUGCAAUGUAACUCACCCUUUUACUAUUCAAGGUGAAGAGUUGACAUGGGCCUUAUUUGAAGGCUUGUUCCACGAAGAAUAUUUUCCCCAAGAUAUCCGAGAGGCAAAGCAAGGAGAGUUUGAUAAGCUUGUACAAGGGUCGAUGAUCGUGGAUGCCUACUUGGCUAAAUUCAAUGAGUUGGUAAAGUUUACCAAUUAUGGGGGUACCCUACCUACGCCCGAGUUUUUAUCUGCUAAGUUUCAAAGAAGACUGAGUGAAAAUAUUGCUACGAGGAUGUCAAAUACGGCAGUGAGAAAUUUUGCUGAUCUUGUGACCCAAUGUAAGAGGGUUGAAACUGUUUAUGGAAGAUAUUCGAAAUCUAAUUCGACAAAAGAGCAAGAAAUGAAGAGGACAUCUGGUCUUUCUGGUAAUAAUAAUAAUAGAGGUGGCUACCAUCACAAUAACAACAGGGGUAAGGGGUUGCAAGUAAGGCAGCCUCCUAGUCAAUUCAAGAGGAAUGGGGCCCCGAAUGGUGGAGCUGUUGACAGGUAUUAUACCCCACAAUGUGGAAAGUGCAAGAAAUACCACAAAGGUGUAUGUGGAGCUUCCCCGGGGGCGUGUUUCAAGUGUGGUCGGGCUGGCCAUUUUGCUAGGAGUUGUCCAUCUGCUACUGGGCAGGCUGCGAAUCUACAGGCCUUACCGACUACUACUACUACUACUACUGUUGCUACUGCUAUUCCUACAAUUGGACGAGUGUAUACUACUAAUGCACAACAUACUGAAAGGGCCCCAAAUCUGGUAAAAGGUAUAAUUUUCAUUUCUAAUAUUGAUUUGUCUGUAUUGUUUGAUUCGGGAGCAACACAUUCGUUCGUGGCGGAAUAUGUGGCUAAGGCAUUGAACUUAAAGGUAACACGAAUGGUUCCCCCUAUGCCCAUUACUACUGCUACAGGAGAGGUUAGUGAUUCAUCCUAUAUAUGUGAGGAGGUUGAGUUCGUCUAUGAAGGCAGGGGUUACACUAUUGAUUUGAUUAUCUUUCCCCUGGCCUCAGUGAAUUUGAUUUUAGGGAUGGAUUAG